AUGCACAUGAUUUGUACCUUCGCCUACCAGCGCCUUCCGGACGACAUUCUCGUCUCCAUCGUCGAAGUUCUCGGUCAUGAAGGUGACCACCGAACGCUCAAAGCAUGCACUCUCAUGUCAAGAUCCACACUCCAUUUCUGUCGAAAAUAUUUAUUCAGGUCUUUCGACAUGCGAUCCCGCUGGAAUCAACACGUUCAGGAGGCGAUGAUACCCCAAUUCUACGAUUUCUUAACCCGUCACCCUCAUCUAGUGCGCUACAUCCGAAUCGCCUACUUCAUGGACAAAACGCUGGUCAAGUGUAUCGUCAAUUGCCUCCAGCUACCUCCUUUACUCCGGCUAUGUACCUCUAUAUCGAACUUUGGGCUCGAAAUCAGCAACGGUUUAACAACCUGGCUCACCCUCUCGUACGAUCUACGAGGGGCCAUCCUCGAAAUGAUAUCACGCCCUCACUUCACGUCCCUUCGAUUCUCCGGACUAGAUUCAAUCCCUAUCGACAUCCUUGCCCGUUGCAGGAGCCUGAGGUGCCUUGACAUUGAAGAUUCUGUGGGCUUUCCAGAUAGCAGCAUUGAAUCAUGCGUCCACAGAUUUCCUCUCGUCCAGUUGCGAGAGCUUAUCGUCAAAGACAGCCAGCCAUUCUUGAGCUCCCUAUUAAAUGCUCAAGGUAUAGUUGAUCUCAGUAGAAUUGAGACGCUUACUUUCGGCAUGGAAUUCGAGUAUUCGGUGCAAGAUUGCUGGAACCUCAUUUAUACCUGUGCGAAGGAUCUCAAGAGCUUGAAAUUCAUUGCCAAAAGCCCUUCAUACGUAGACCAUUUUCUACUGUCGGAAUACCCGCCCGCUCUCCAGCCUUUUAUCACAUUAUCACCUCUCAUGCAUUUACAGUCCUUAUCCUUCUCCAUUUUCCUGCUGGAGGACGUGGUUGGUGACUUGGAACCUGACGAGUUCCUGAAGCCGUUGUGUCUAUUGCUUCGCACAUCAGUAUCGACAAUUCAAGAGGUCAGCAUUUCCCUCUGCCUGGACUCAUUCGAGAUAUUCGGCAACAACGAAGACCGUCAAUGGAUGACUUCCGGAACAGAUGCCGAUGGUGUUGCCGUCAAUUUCUUCUCCGAGCUCGAUACCACUCUGUCCGACACCCGACUUCUCCCUCGACUCGCUCAAGUCGAACUCACAAUCUUUAUCCUAGACCUUGACUCGGACGAUGACGAAGAUUACAACACCCAUUCGGACGACGGCUGGGAUUCUGAUGACAGUCUAGGAAGGUGGGAGAAGAAUGAAUUUCUAGUCCCUGAUGGAGUCGUUCGGAAUUCAAAGAAGAUGCUUGGGGAGACACAAAGGCGGCUGGGUGAUGGGCUUCGUGUUGCGCUGCUGGACAUUCCAUAA